CUAUAACAAAGCCGUGUUCUCUGUUUCCCUUUCGGGCGCUUUUAAGGCGUAAAGCGGUUUUAAGCAGCAGCUUCCCGGCGCCCAGCUGAGACGAUCGGUUUAAACAGAGGACCUUGUGCUGCUCGCAUGCUUCACCACUUCCUCAUGAAAUGUGAAGGCCUUUCCUGAUUAGCUAAGCCUUUCUUCUCACACCAGGCCCAUGAGGUAACCCAGACAGUGGUUUGUGAUGCCCGUGGCAGGGCUGUGAUGGGGCAGAGGGUCUCAGGAGUGGUGAAAUCUGCUGAGGAGUGCGAGAGGUCUGCACUGGCAUUGCAGGUGGCCCUUGUGCCCCUUGGCAGGCACGGACAGGGACACGGAAUAGGCCACCCGCUAUCACCACGCCUGGAGCUGCUGCUGGACAUGCCUCCGGCGGACAUUGCCACUCAGCUUGAGCAUGCUUGGAACCCUGAUGACCGCUCACUCAACCUGUUCAUCAAAGAUGAGGAUCGGCUGACGUUUCAUCGUCAUCCAGUAGCACAAAGUACAGACUGUGUACGAGGUAAAGUAGGGUUUACUCGUGGCCUGCAUGCCUGGACUAUCCGGUGGCCCGUGAGGCAACGUGGCACACAUGCUAUCAUUGGUGUCGCUACCUCACGGGCACCGCUUCACGCUAUUGGGUACACCGCACUCGUUGGCAGUGAUGCAGAAUCUUGGGGAUGGGACUUGGGGCGGGGGAAACUCUACCAUGAUAGGAAGAGCCAAACAGGGCCAGCAGCUUCGUAUCCAAGCAGCCAGAAUGAGGAAGAUGAGGACACGUUUUCAGUACCCGAGGAGGUGCUGGUGGUCUUGGACAUGGAUGAGGGAACACUGGGGUUUUGCGCCAGUGGUCACUUCUUAGGUAUAGCCUUUCGCGGCCUGAAGGGGAGAAGCCUGUAUCCGAUCGUCAGCGCAGUGUGGGGCCACUGUGAGGUCACAAUGACGUACAUCAAUGGACUAGAGCCUGGGCCUUUGCCACUGAUGGAACUAUGCAGAAGAGCAGCUCGCCAAGCUCUGGGCCGACAUCGCAUCCACCAGAUCCACACACUCCCCUUGCCCCAGACUCUUAAAAAUUACCUGCAGUACCAGUGAGAGUCUCGCACACAGCCCUGAACUACAGCACCAGUGACCUCAAUGCACAACUUAACAUAAUACAGACUUUUUUUCUUUUUUUUUUUUAAAGAAAGACUUUAUUUACAAAAAGAGCAGUAUGUAUGUCUUAACCUGCUAUCUUAUAUCACCAUGAGUUCGCCUCCCAGUGAACAUGGCUUGUUUUGAAUCGCACAUUGCAAUAGCAACCCUAAUGUUAGCAAGUGAACUCUGCUAGCUACCGAACCUCAGUUAGCCGCCGCUUGAGGGGGGGAGGGGGUGGCACUGGGUUUAAAGAGCUAACUUGGCUAAUGUACUUGAUAUAUUGUGUAAUUGACACCAGUGUUAUUUGUUACACAGUACGUCGAUCCAAAGAGGAAAGAGAAGGGUUAGUGGUGAAGUCGUUUCGUGUGAUCAAGUGUGUCUUUGUUUGUCUCUUGGGAGGUCUGUCACUCAGUAAGAUCAGGGCACAUGGAUGCAUGUGUGUGCAUGCAUGAAUAGUUGUACUGCGUACAUUUAGCUUGGUGCAAAUAACACAUUUUAACCCCUCCCUCUCUUCAAAACGCGCAGCCUGUUGUAGCGUCUGAUUUUUUUUGACCCUGGUGCUACGGACACUCUCUUUAACCACAGGUUUGAGUCAAAAGCGCAUUGGAAUGCACGUCUUCCGUAGAUACUCCUGGUUUUAUUUUUGCAUCACACUAAAUAUAUUUAAUUAUAACCAAGUCCUCCAUACCAUGCACGUAAAACACCAGGCCUUUUUUUUUUGUUUUGUUUUGUCCGAGUGACCACAGUGAUUGAGGAUAUUUUUACAUGUCUAUGAUGUCUGAGUGGUGAUUGUGUUCUUUGAAAUGGUGCAGAUUGUUGUGUGUGAAUGAUGUGAUACAUUUUAUAGAGUUUUAACCUUCUGAGACGUCCUUGUCCUCAGUGCUCGGGACAGGAAGUGAUAUAUUGUUCCAGCAGGAAGUCCAGGGAAGGCUGUUUAUACAGACGGAUAUAGGAGAAAAACACAAGGAGGAGAUGCCGCACUAGCUGUUUACGAUGCGUUAACGCGUCCUCCAUAUUGGAAGGGGCCAGAUUUUUAUGACGGGACAAUGCAGGUUUGCUCUGCUGAUGAAAUUUACAGCAACCUGCACUAUAUUACACAAGAUUUUAUUAUUUUUAAUUUUCAUAGAUAAAUUCUUAAUUUUACGAUUCAUAUUACAGAACAUCUGUACACCACAGAGAUUUUAAACUUUGCAGAUAUUUAAUGACAAUGCUGUACUUCAUAAUUAACUGUAAUUCAUAAUUAAUGAUGGUUUAAUGUAACGAUCCAACGGUAUGUAUUUUUUCAAUUUGCACAACCUUUACCGGCCGUUCGCUGAAACUAACUGUAGUGAUCACUACAUCGUGAUGGAAUACAGCUGACAAACACCUACUUGAAAUUGGCACCUGAGCUAACGAAUAGAACAUCUGGUUCUGUAAGUGUUUUUGUGCUGGUUUUAUUUUUCAGUAGCUAUUGUGUAAUCACAGUUCAUUUAACCUCACUUGCCUGAAAACCAAAUAGAAAAAAAAAUCUAAUCAAAAUAGCUUUUGGUAACAAGCUGAGACAAAAGAUUCAUUUUUUCCCUCUCUCUCUAUAUAAAUAUAUUGAGGACAAACAAAUUAACAGCACUUUGUCAUCUCAUUUAAUUUUUUUUUUCUUCGUUUUUUCAACCCUCCCUCCAUGCAAUAAUCUCAAGCCAAUUUACGCAAUCUGAACUGAAAGGCGCCCCCUCCAAUAUGUCAGGCUUAGCCCACCGAGGCAUCUUCCAGUUUCAUAUCUGUUUUUAAAUGUAAAUAAAAUUCAGAGAAAAACGAACCUGUCUGCUGCAUUGUUAACUGAUCUUA